AUGGACGACAUCCGGCUCUCUUACCAGGAGGAUUUCGUGGCUUACGUUAUGAUGAGGCUCUCCAGACCCCUGGCUCUUCGGCAAUGCCAGCUGGGCCUCGACCGCUUUUCUGCAGCAGGAAUCGGGCCCCUGUCGGCUCGAACCCCUUGCCCCACCAAUCCCAAACCUCCCAGUCGGCGCCGCUCCUUCAAUGCACCCACCACCAUCGAGUCCUUUGACGUCCAGUCCAUCAAUCAAGCCCAAACAGCGGCCAACAACUCUAAUCCAACCGCGCCCGAGAGCCUCAAUCUCGCAGAAAGUGAUCUUAGCGGCGUGCGAAGCGCUCUCGGCCACUCAGCGCUCCGUUUCGUUUCGACCCUGAAACUGAGAGCAUCAUCUCCGGCCCCUGCGACGGGCGACGUCUCACACGAUGCCGUGCUUCUGCUUCUGCUUCAAGCGCCGGCUUCUCGUACGACUUUGCUUGCGUAUUCUGGCGGUGUCUUGUCUCGUGCUAGGCGCCACCCAGGGCUGUUCUUCGCCCUCCGCCCCAAGCCCCAGGCCUGGGGCUCCCUGGGCCCUGUCGCGCGACCGAACGGUGAACUGACGACGCUCGCUCGCUCGCUCCAGGUGCUGGCGUCUCCUCUUGCAUCCCCCACGUCGUAG